UUUAUAUUGUCUGUCAUUCUCUUCAUUUUAUCUUUUAUGCUUUGUAUGAAAUAGUAUUUUGCUAGGUAAAAAGAAUAGAAAAAAAACCUAAAAAAUCCAUUAAAUGCAAAGAAAUAAUUUAAUAAAAUACAGACGUUGAAAUAAAUAAAAAAAAACUCCUUUUUAACUUAUAACUAUGCUAAAUGACUUCCUCUGAAGAAAACUCAGUCUAAUGACCUUGAAAUCCAUGCAUCUUUAAACUGAACUUACCAAAAACAUAAAUCCCAACUAAAUAAAAAAUGUCUGAAUUAAAUCCAGAAAUUGUUGAAAAUUGGUGUCACACCAAAUCAAAUAUCAUUAAAUUCAAUUUCACUUGGACAAUUGAUAAUUUUCGUUAUCUCCAGCACAAAACUGGCGAAGCUCUUCGAUCCUCCACAUUCUCAGCGGGUUGUGAUCACGAAUCAAAAUGGUGCCUUCGACUUUAUCCAAAAGGCGAUAGUGCCGAUAGCAAAGACUAUAUCGCUUUAUAUGUCGAAGUAACAGACAAAUUGCGUAAAUCUGGGCUACUUGCUCGAUUUACAUUGAGUAUUUUAGAUGCCCAUCGACAAAAAACCAAUCAAGCUGGUGAAAACAUGGAGUAUAUUAAUUUUAAAAAUGGCUCCGAAGCUCGUGGCUAUCCCAAAUACAUUAGUCGUGGUUUUCUUCUAAAUGAAGCCAACGGCUUGGUGCCGGGGAAUAGACUAACCAUCUUUUGUGAAGUCCAAAUCCUCUCGGACAGUGUCAACACUUGUGGACGAAAGAUUCAAAGAAAAUUUGAAGUUCCCGAGUGUAGCAUUGGCGAUGACUUCUGUGAGCUUUUGGAUAGUGAGAAAUUCAGUGACGUCACUCUGGCAGUGGGUGAAUAUGAAUUUCAAGCUCAUAAGAACAUUUUGUCUGCUCGAAGUGAUGUUUUCGCUGCAAUGUUCGAACAUGAUAUGAAAGAGCAACAAUCUAAUCGAGUUGUAAUAACCGAUGUUGAUCAUGUGGUUUUGCAAGAGUUGUUGCAUUUUAUUUACACGGGCAGGGCACCGAAUAUAAGUGAAAUGGCUUCUAGUUUGUUGGUUGCAGCUGAUAAGUAUGCUUUGGAACAGUUGAAGGUACUUUGUGAAGAAGCUUUGUUUUCGGGGCUGUCGAUUGAGACGGCAGCUGAAACUUUAGUUUUGGCAGAUUUUUAUGCGGCAGAACAAUUGAAAAGGAAUACGAUUGAGUUUAUUAAUAGUCAUGCCAAGGAAGUUAUUGAAACAAAUGAAUGGAAAAAUAUGGUUUUGAGUCAUCCAAAUUUGGUAGCUGAGGCUUUUGAAGCAUUGUUUGCACGAAAGGGCAGCGAUCAGAAGGAACCGUGCAAGGAUGAACAUAUUUAAGCAACAAUAUCUGCAAUCCGAAGCUUACAAUGUGCUACCGGAGUUAAUUAAUUGACCAUUGUUAAAAGUUGGUAUUGUAUUAUUGCUCAAUAAAUGUGCAGAAGCUUACUAAAAACAAAA